GUUUUGAUUGGAAAAAGAUGUGGACCUUGCACUCCAGUGCCUUCAUGGAGGAUUUGGGCUCCUCCUCAAGAGACCAUCAUUAGCCAAACAAACCCUUUUCAUUAUUAUUCUUCUUCUUCUUCAAUUUCUGCCAGAAAGCUAGCGGCGGCCCUUUGGGAGUUUCAUCACUACUUCCCACUUCCUAAAAUGCACAGAGCUCCCAAUAAUGGCGCUGAUUCAAGGCUCCUCCGCCGCCGCUACUUCCAUCACUCUCACAAGGACAAGGCCCUCGACCUUUCCCACUUUCUUGGCGAUCCCUGCCCCAGCUCCCCUGAACAGGUGGCACCUUAUAACCCUGCAAUCACUCCUACUAGCUCUUUGGACUUCAAGGGAAGAAUUGGCGAAUCGCAUUAUAAUCUUAAGACAUCUACAGAACUGCUAAAAGUUUUGAACCGAAUCUGGAGUUUGGAAGAGCAGCAUGCAUCGAAUAUAUCUUUGAUAAAAGCAUUGAAAACCGAACUUGACCAUGCCCAUGUCAAGAUGAAAGAGUUGCUUCGACUACGGCAAGCUGAUCGCCACGAGAUGGAUGAUCUAAUAAAGGAAAUUGCGGAAGACAAACUAGUUAGAAAAAACAAGGAGGAAGAUCGAAUCAAGGCUGCGAUUCAGUCUGUGAGGGACGAGCUUGAAAACGAGAGGAAGUUGAGGAGACGAUCUGAGAGCCUACAUAGAAAGUUUGCAAGGGAUCUCUCCGAGACAAAAUCGUCUCUUGUGAAUGCUCUAAACGACGUGGAAAGAGAGAGGAGGUCCAGAAUGCUGUUAGAGGAUCUCUGUGAUGAAUUUGCCAGGGGCAUAAAACACUACGAAAACCUGGUGCAUGGCUUAAAACAGAAAUCCGACAGGAUCUGUGCUGGAAGAGCCGACUGUGAUGGUUUGAUUCUCCAUAUCUCGGAAGCUUGGCUUGAUGAAAGGAUGCAGAUGCAACAAGAACACCACAGUGCUGACAUCGAGAAGUCAGUGGUCGAGAAAUUACAGAUUGAAAUAGAGAGCUUUCUUGAAGCACAGCAAAAUGAUGCUAAUGGUAGCAAGAUCGAUCAACUGUUAAGAGAGCGCCGGAGUUCACUAGAGUCGGUCCCAUUGAAUGAGGCUGCUAGUGCACCUCAAGCAGGGGAGGAGGACGAUUCUCAAGAUAGUGACUCACAUUGUUUCGAGUUAAACAAGCCAAAUAACAGCAAUAUCAUGGCUCAUGAGAAUGAGAAUGCAGAAGAUCAAGUCGACGAAACAGGGAAAUCAAUUGACGUGCAAAAGAAACUGGGGUCUCAUGAGAGGUCUAAAAGCCGCACCCCGUCCAGCUUGCAAGUAAGGUUUGAAGAACAGAUGGCUUGGGCAAUGUCCUGUAUUGGGAACAAGAAGUCGCAGUCUAUAAAUACAGAACCAGGAAAAAUCGAAGGAAUGCCCGCCGAAGCAAACAAAUCUAGCAAGACCGAAAAUAGUCAAGAUGCUGAUGGCGGAAGUAACGAGAGACAAAACAAUCACAACCCCAUUCACGGUUUGAAUUCAAGCCACAUGCUGGACAACCUCAUCAGAAAUCAACUCUCACUGAAGGAUGGAGAUAAUGUGCAUCCUGAAGAUGGUUAUGGUGAGGCCUCCUGCAGCAACUCAGGGUGGAGGAAUCAAGCAAGUCCAGUGAGACAGUGGACAAUAGCAGCCCCAGAGAUCAACAUGACACAAUCGUCAUCGUCGUCAAAAUUGCCCCCCGGGCUAAAGGAGAACACCCUGCACGCGAAGCUUCUCGAAGCAAGGUCGAAGGGGACUCGGUCACGGUUAAAACUUUUCAAGUGAUGGCUGGCCCGAAGGAUCACUACUCUUUUGUGGAGUAUUUUGGCGAUAUAACUCUCUUUCCUUUUGAAUCCUUGUUGUGAUAUCUCAGUAUAGUACAAUUUUACAUUCCACUUGAGCAAAUUGUAAGGAUUGGUAUAUUAGUUGGAGGAGCUGAGUGUAAUGUUUUUCACUUUUCAUAUAUAGUUGCACAAAUCAGAUGGAAAAUCCAGACCCCUUUUAAGAAUGAUA